AUGGACUAUACACCGGCAUACAACACGUCACCAUCAUCCCUCUAUCCGUCCUACUUGGGCCUCAAGGCCAAGCGCAACUCGGUCGGCGAGGUCGGCGACAACGGCAAGCUGUCGCGCGGUCACCCUACAAACACGCCAAUGCCGCCGACGAGCGUCAACACGGGCUCAGACGCGCGCUACAUGCCGCCGCAGAAGCGCGUUAUGCACUUUGGCGAGGUUCAGUCGGAGAUCUAUCGCACUCCGUCAGCGAUGAGCAAUGACUCCUUGGUCAGUCAGGCUCAUGACCUUGAUGGGGGUGUGAGCCUCAAUCAGCACUACGGGAGCGAGAGCAAGUUCGCAGGCAGCGCCGGCGCGCCUCGCGCUGGCACUGGCAACCAGAUGGCCAGCAGUUAUUAUUUCCACGGGCAAUGUGAUCGUGUUCCAGCUUCGAUUGCAGAGUACGGUCGUGGAGCGAUGACGGGUAUGUAUGAGCCACUAGCGGCAUGGAACAGCCACGGUGUAUCACAAACCAACGGCAGAGUCGGUGGCGACUUCGGCGCUCCAUUCGUCAGCUAUGCCUACCACAACAUGCACUCACGGACCCCGUCCUUCCUCAAUCAAGGCAGUGUCGGCUUGCCACAAACCGAUCUGCGCAUGCCCAGCUACGGUGCCAUUGGCAGUGCACCAAGGCAAGGCUUCAUCCUCUCCACUGCCGCUGCAAAUGGUUCGCUAACCAGACGCAGCAAGUCCGGAAGUCGUACAAAUGCCAGCAUGCUUGCCGAUAUUGUCCGCUCCGGUGCAUGCGAUUUUGUCGACGAGCUAGACGGCAUUGAUCCGAUCACCGGCUACCGCCCUCGCUGUCCUAAGCCCGAGAACCUUAAGUCGACCUACGUCUCCAUCACGUCUGCGCCCAUUAAGGCGCCACCAGCGCUUGCCGAUGCGACUCUGGAUCCGACCCAUCGCGGCAACCAGUCUGUCACCCUCCGCACCCAGAACGUCAAAGGCAACGCCGCUGCUUACGUCGAUGUGAAGGAUCAGCCGCUGCCAACCUUCUUCCCCCGCUUGUCGCAGGGAUACAAGCCAACCAUUGAGGAGUUCUUCUUCGUGAUGCCGGUCAUCGAGCCGUGCCGCAUCGGUGUCGCCAGCAACGCAGGCGUACUGCGUAUCAACAAUAUCCCCUUCGCAGCCACCCGCUCCGAGAUCAGUGCAAUGAUCGGUCGCAACGCCAAGAUCGUCAGCCAGCCGAUGGGCAGCCCAUACUUCGCUAUCCACAUCAUUAUGGAGCGCCACACCGGCAAGACCAUGGAUGCCUUCAUCGAGUUCUUCAGCCAGGCCGAAGCCGAGUGGGUUCAUGAUCAGUUCAACAAGCGCAUCAUUGCUGGCCGUCAUCCGCGUCUGGGUGACCGCCACGUUGACAUCGUGCUUAGCAGCCAGGAGGAGCUGAUGGCCGAGCUCUUCCCACGCGCCAAGUAUGUCGCUUGGGAUGGCGCCACCCCUCGCAUUACCGCCAACACCGACAUGUACUACCCAGGUAUUCAAUCGGCUGGCUUCUCCGCCUUCCUGUCUGUUGAGGAGGUCACCAUGACCAUCAAGCACGCGGAGACUCCGCAUCGGUCAGCGUUCGCCCAACGCGCGAUCAUCCGCGUGUAUGAGUCAUGGAUCUCCACCCUUCACAAGUUUCCGUGGUACGCUGUUGAUUGCAUUACUAUCAGCGAGCGAGACAUGAUCUUUUCCGCGACCAUGAGUAUCACCGACAGUCUGCUCGAGGAGCUCAACCGUAGUCGGGGCAAGAUCGACCCUUCCAAGCCGACCCCUGUCACCCUUCAAGAGCUCACCGUCGCCGUGCUUACUUGUCCAGGCUUUUCGGAGCAGCAGAAGUCCAAGUUCGUCCAGAAGAUGGGCCAGACAAGUUUCAACGGCUUCACCAACUCUCGUGGAAUGAACAUCGUAUUCGGUGGCGUUGCCCAGCUGGCUCGUUCUUGGCCAUUCAAGGUGCUUGCUAUCACACCGGGUGUCAAGCAGGAUAUGGUAACGUACUUCGCCAAUCUUCUCCGCGAUGCCACGACUCGUGGUCAGACGCUCUCACGUACCGAUCGCUUCACCAUGCGCAUGAUCGGCGCUGACGAUGCCGGGCCCUUUGGCGCCAUCACCUUCGAGUAUGGGAAUGCGAAGACGCUGGCGGACGUGGCUAAGGUGGAACUGGGUGUGAUUGACACGUUGUUAAGCCGCGUUCUUCCGGCUUGA